GGCUACGUACUAGUUUACAGGCAGGAAAACGUCAAGCCAGAGCUCGUGCCAAAGUACGUAGAUUGCGUUACGGUGGUGCCGCGCAACAUCAUCUUCAUCUACGCGGGUAGGUGGAAGUUUCUAAGAAUCCAACUGGCCCACAUUUACAGGGAGCUACAUAGAAAUGGAGGUGUCAUUCAUGAGGUCUGGUUCAUGAUGAUAAAGUACGACGAGCAAGCGGAACAAAGUCUUCUCAAAUUCAUUGAAGUAGCUAAUAACGCUUCAAAACACGUCAUAUUCUCCGUUCACUACUUGGGAACGCCACCAGUAAAGUUUCACCGUCCCUACAAGGAAGUUUUCGAGGGAGUUGUUCAGCACCCAUAUGACAAAUACUUAAAACUAGAUGAUGAUAUUGUGUACAUCCACCCAGGUGCCUUCAGGACCAUGAUUGAGAAACAGAACCCCUCCCAGUGUUUCAUGCACUUCUUCAACAUUGCAGGUUCAAACUGGAGAUGCAGUUGGUUGCACCAAAAGAAUGACGUCUACAAUGAAACAAAUCCUAAGCAUUUCGUUUUUGACUUUAGUCCCAAAGCCCAUUGUGGUUGGAAAACAGCUGACUGUGCAGAGCUGACCCUUCGUACUUUUUUACAUCACCACAAAAACAACCAGUUGGAAAGGUACUUUUUCAAGGGGCUCUACCUCACUCCAGAUCGAAAGCGCUUCAGCAUUAACGCAUUCUUGUUGGACAGACAUUUACUAACGUAUGAAAUGGCCAGUAUUGAACCUAUAGGGCCUGAUGACGAGCAAUGGUGGACCGUUACAUAUUCAGCUAAAGUGGCGCACCCUAAUUGCGUAGUGGGUGAAGCAUUAGUAGUUCACUUUGCCUACUCCAAAGUCUAUGAUGCAAUGCUCAAACUGGGACUUCUUCAGGAGUUUGAAAAAAUUGUCACGAGAAACCGACAAAGUUUCAAAAUGGAACAAGAGGUGUGGAAGACACUAGGGUUUGACGACUAGCCAUGCGUAAGUGCAGCAGAGGUAAUGCAAUUGUCGGGCACAAUUACAAAAAUUAUAGUAACAUUAUACACAGUUCAAUGGAAUUUUUUAUGUCUUCAGAGUUGCUAGUACGGAAGACCUUUACUAGAGUAAUGUUAAAUUAGCGUUAUUGAACAACAAGAGAGUAUGCGUAAAUGAUCAGUUGUGUUUUUAGCAUUGAAAUUG